GAAGAAAUGUAUCUAUGCUUCAGUUUUAUGCAUAUCGGAUUGCCCAACGAAAUACAUUUAAUCCAAUUCUCUGGGGUGGACCUCUUUUUCAACAGUACUUGGUUGAUGCCUAUGUUAAAGUGGAAGAGACCAGAUUGAAUUAUCAACGCCAAAAUCAAGUUACUCUUCAAUCAGAAACUUAUCGUGAUUUAAGUGAUUAUUUGACCACUGCUGCUAAUGAGCGUGGUGUUGUGCCUGGUCGAUCAUCUGAAAAUCAGCAACAAAUGCUUGAGUAUAAUGAAAUUGAUGCAUUUAUUGAGUCUCGAUAUAUUAGUGCACCUGAAGCUUAUUGGAGACUGAGUGAGUAUGAAAUGCAAGAGAAGUCUCAUUCUAUUGUUCGGCUUCCUGUUCACUUACCAGAUGAACAGAACCUAUAUUUUACUUUGGGUGAAGAACAAUUUGCUUUAAAUAAAGCAAAAUUAAAUUUUACAAUGUUAACUGCCUGGUUUAAGCUUAAUGAAGAAGACAAACAAGCAAGAGAAAUACUUUAUCAUGAUAUUCUGCUUCAUUAUAGAUUCAAUCAACAAUCUAAAAUGUGGCAAAAAAGAAUUUAUAAUAUCAGUAAAGUUAUUGGAUGA